AUGGAAGAGCAAAUUUUAAUUAAGAAGAGAAGCCACAUAAAGGCCAAAUUAACCAGGUUCAUUAACUUUCUAAACAAAUGUAGCAACAAUGAAGAAAAAAAGCAAGAAACAGCAGCGCGAUUAGGAAAUAUUGAAACAUUAUGGAGGGAAUUUGACGCUGUGCAAACAGAAUUAGAGGAUAAUAAAGAGACGGAGCUUCAGAGUGGAGAACGUGACUCUUUUGAAAACAAAUUUUAUCAAGCCGUUACUAGAGCAAAAAAUAUAAUCUCCGCGUCACGGAUAGAUAUUGCGCAACCGGAACAAAGAAUUGCAAAUCAGCCUAUUAACAUAAUACAACCAACUAAAAUGCGCUUGCCUACCAUCGACAUCCCCAAAUUCGAUGGCGGAUGGGAAAAAUGGCUGCCAUUUCGCGAUACGUUUAUCUCUAUGGUGCAUGAGAAUGCAAUGCUUUCUGCAAUUGAUAAAUUGCAUUAUCUGAGAUGGUCAUUAAUUGGGGAUGCAUAUAAACUCGUAGAGUCAUUAGAAGUAUCAGUUGAUGCCAUACAACAGCAUAUACGCACUUUAAAACGUUUGGAACAACCAACAGAAACCUGGGACACUCUCCUUAUACAGCUCCUUAUUCCGAAAGUAGAUAACAAUACAAGAAGGGAGUGGGAAUCAGAGAAAGCGGACAAGGAAGCGCUCCCCACCAUGAAGGAAUUUAUUACAUUUUUGGAAACCAGAUGUUCUUUCUUGGAGGCAUUAACGCGUACUAAUUCGUUAAGUAUAUCAAAAAAUGUACAAGGACAUUCGAAACAGCAGGCAGCUAAGCACAUUAGUCCGGUACAAGCUCAUGCUGGUACAGAAACAACAACGUGUCCAGUAUGUCAAAACAGCCACAAAAUAUUUGAAUGCUUGAUAUUUCGCAAUAUGUCAGCACAAGCUCGCCUUGAAAGGGUCAAGAGCAACAAACUAUGUUACAAUUGUUUAAAACAAUUUCACGGAAGAAAUUGUACUCACGGUUCUUGCAGAAAGUGUGGCAAACGCUACAACACGUUGCUACACAUAGAGCAAGCUGCUGAUUCGAAUGUCACCUCAUCAAAAAAUGAAAAGGAUAGUAUAAGCAAGCAUAGCGUUCCAAAUUCAACGGAAUCGAAUAGUAACUGCGAUGUAGCUGACAAGAAUGUAGUUCAAAGCGCGAGCAACUCUUUAUCUGCGUAUCAUAUGAGAGGCUCACUUUUACGCGUCUUGUUGUCGACAGCCGUAGUUCACAUGCGCGAUCAAUCUGGAAAAUUACAUGAAUGUAGAGCCUUAUUAGACUCAGGAUCAUAA